GUAUUUAUGUGGCACUUAAUGUAACAAAAGGGUUGAGAUGAGCGCGUAACUCAUACUUGAGCAGCACAUGGAAGAGCUCCAGACACCCGCAGACAUGCAUUCACCAAUUGAUAGUGCAAUGGCACCUUAGUUGCAGUUCAACUGGAGAGCAGACGAGUCGAAAAACGCGCAAAACUUGCACAAGUACGGAUACUUGAAGCGAAAGUGUGGCGACGGGAUUUUGUUAUUUUAAUUAAUUUUUAUUGCAAGAAAAGAUUAUUAAAAAUUAACAAAAUCUAAAUAAUAGCAGUUAAAAAUUGAAAAGCCAAAAGAUACCCUCUACAAUCCAGCUACAAACCGAGUGGAACAAAAUGAAUUGGUUAGCGUUGAUGAUUUCCAUUUCUGCGACAAUUAACAUAGCGCUUGCCUGCAGCCGUAUACCGCCCGGCACGACAACACCCAAAUCGCCAGUGGACGAGAGUUAUAUGGUGGCGAUAGCCGGAAAUCCACAAACAUAUAUACCAGGCCAGAAAUACAAUGUCUCACUUACCGCUUACAAUGACUUAACUUUCAUCAGCUUCAUACUGGCAUUAGAGAGCGCCAAUGAAGCUGAUGGGCAGGCGGAUUUUGGCACGGUUGGCUACUUUGAGAUCACAGAUUUGGCGGAGACACGCUUUAGUCCGCGCUGUCCCAAUCUUGUUGAGAAUACCAAUACUAAUGUGAAGACACGCGUCGAAGUCACCUGGGUGGCGCCCACGACUACAGGUAAUGGCUGUGUGCUCAUCAAAGCUACAGUUACACAGCAUCGAGACGUUUGGUUUAUGGAUGAUGGUUUUUUGACCAAGCGCAUAUGCGAAGAGGAAGUCGAUGAUGUGGACACACAGCCCAGUAUUGUGGAUCCUUGCUGUGCGUGUGACGAAGCGAAAUAUGAGCUCACUUUUGAAGGCAAGUGGUCACGUCAUACACAUCCAAAAGACUUUCCGGCAAAUAGCUGGCGCACCAGAUUUAGUGACAUUAUUGGCGCUUCGCACACCAUCGACUACCGCUUUUGGAGCUACGGUGAGAUGGCGAGUGAGGGUUUGCGCGAGGUGGCCGAGCAUGGAUCGACACGUACGCUUGAAAGCGAGUUGAAAGAUCAGAGCGAUCAAAUACGAACAAUCAUCAAAGCGCGCGGCAUCUCUUACCCCAACGUGACUGGCAAAACUUUCGCCGUCUUUCGCGUGGAUUCCAAACAUCAUCUAAUUUCGCUGGUUUCCAUGAUUGAUCCCUCACCGGACUGGAUUGUUGGUAUUUCCGGCUUAGAACUUUGUUUGCCUAAUUGCUCAUGGGUCGAGAACAAGGUACACAAUCUAUAUCCCUGGGAUGCAGGCACGGACAGUGGACCUUCCUACAUGUCUGCCGACCAGCCACAAGUGCCACCUGAUGUUAUUAGACGCAUAAAGUCCAAUUUUCCAAAUGAUCCGCGGUCACCAUUUUACGACCCCACUGGAGCGCCUAUGAAACCGCUCGCAACAUUACACAUAAAUCGACGCAGGUUGUAUGAGAAGACUUGCGAAAACGUCGAAGAGGAUGAGUCGGCCGAGUGCGCCACCUAUCCUUGGGGUCACUGGAGUGAGUGUAGCGCCAAAUGCGGGCCGGGCACGCAAACGCGCUCACGCGAAUACAAACAACCAGCAUUGGCGCGGCGCUCUCGCUGCCGCAGCGCUUUGCGUGAAGAGCAGCCAUGUAAUGGGCGCAGAUGUGGCGCCGCGAGCGAUGACAAUCCAGACGAAGGCGAAAAUGCAAAUGAUUUUCAAGGUGGACCACAAGAUAAUCCCGAAUGCGCGAUCUCUGAUUGGAGCGAAUGGUCUACGUGUUCAGCCACCUGUGGCGCGGGUGUUAUAAUACGCUCGCGUCAUUAUCUUAACCCCCGUGCGAAGAAAAAGUGUCAGAAAGUAAGUAAGGUGCGCUUACAAGAAACACGUAAGUGCGAAGGUCCGGAAUGUGGUGGCGAUUUGGGUAAUGCUGCUGAAGGUGAGACCGGCGCUGAAGGUGAUGAAGCAGCUGGCGAGGAGGAGAGCAUCGUGGAGAAUGAGCUGGGCGAUGGCACGCGUGCAUUCUAUGGCGACAACAAUAAUGGCUUCCGCCAAUUCCAGAGCUACAGUCAGAAGCGUGAAGACUACAUACCACCAGAAUGUGGUGUCUCACCAUGGUCCGACUUCUCACCGUGCAUUGGCCCAUGCGGCAGUACAGGCUAUCGUCAGAGACAACGCAAAAUAUGGAAUAACGAUGAGGUUUACGGUUUAGUAAACCCAAAAGCGGAUGGCAGCGAUCCUUGUCGUCAUAUCAAGCGCGAGGAAACAGUCAAUUGCACAAAUCCUGCUUGUGAUACCAUCGUGCCGCACCACUGCUUCGCUAGCCUCAAGACAAGUCCAUGUCGCGAUGGCGAUGUCACCAACUACUGGUACUAUGACUACCCCACCGAUCAGUGUGCGAUCUUCUGGGCCGACAAGUGUGAUAAAAAUCACAAUAAAUUUCCAUCCAAAGAGGCGUGUGAGGAAUCCUGUCGCCGGCCACGUCAAAAGUUAGAUUUACAAAGUGAAAGUUUGCGCUUAGAGCAGCAGCCGGUCGAUUGCAUUGUGUCCGAAUGGGAGGCGCGUCCGUGUAAUGUGACCUGCGGUGAGGGCAUGCAGAUAAAAACGCGGCGUGUGCUACGGCGAGCUAAGUAUAAUGGCAAGCCUUGCCCCAAGCAUUUGGUGAGGUUGGAAAAAUGCUACCAAAGCUGCGAUGAGGUCUACACUAUUAGUGGCGGCGGACGUGGUAGCUUUGGUGGCAGCACUGGCGACGGCAGCGACUUUGACAAUCCCCAUCGCAACCGUGGCAGCUAUGUGAGCGCACGUCAACUGCCCAAGAAGGAUGAUUGCCGCUACUCUGAUUGGUCGGCGUGGACGCCAUGUACAGCAAGCUGUGGUGACAAUUCCAUGCGACAGAAGACAAGAACGUUGUUCAAUACGGAAUUGAGUUAUAAGUGUAAGGAUCGCGUGCGUGUCGAGAAGUGCAUAGUGAUGCCGUGUUUGUUGGAGGGCAACGAUCAGGAUAGCCAGUGGUGAAGUGGGUAAUGAAGGAGUAAGAAGGGAAAUUAAAUAGAGGCCAAAGUGAAAUAUUUUAACAUGCAAACGAUAUUUAUUGUACGCAUGCUAUUUAUAUGUAUUUUAGCAAAUUAAUCAGUCAGUGUAACCUUAGUGAUUUUAGUUAAGCGACAAAACUUUUACGAUUUGCUAGUGCUNUUUA